UAAGAUAUCAUGUGUUUACAUUUUCUUCAAGCAAUACCCAGAGCUUUAAGCACUUUUUCAAUUACAAAAUGUAACAAAACAAGGAAAAUUUUAAAUAAUAGCAACAGAUUUUGAGGGUCUUGAAUAUUUAUAUACUGUAAAUGGAAGUCAACUAAUUGACAUCAAUUAAACAUAAAUGAUUCCACGCAACUGAAUGAGGAAACUUCCAUUUAUAAUCAUAUAAAAGGUCUCAGAGUACAGACUUCUGACGCAUUAUCACGAAAAUACGUCGAGUGAAAAUGUUGUUUAAGCUAAAGCCUUUACUUAUAUUGUUGGCGCUAUGCGUCGUUGCGACGUGCAGCUAUGCCACAGAGCCUCAAGUACAAAUUUCUUUAGGCAAAAUUAAAGGCUCCUUUAUGGAAACAGCCCUUAAGAAGAAAAUCUUCGCGUUUCGAGGCAUAAGAUUUGCAAAAUCCACUGCAGGAAAAAGACGAUUUAAGCUUGCCGAGCCAGUUGAUCCGUGGUCUGGAGUCUACGACGCCACAAAAGAUGGAUUUUCUUGUUCUCUAUACGAUCCACCAGAAAUCACAAGCGAAGAUUGUUUGAUGCUCAAUGUUUACACCACCAAAUUACCAUCAGCUAACAUGAAAGUUAAACGACCUGUUAUCGCAUUUUUCCACCCAAGCGUUCAAGCCUUUUCUAGUAGAAGUGAUAGAUAUGGUCCGCAGUACCUCCUAGACGAAGACGUCGUUUUGGUCACGGUCAAUUCAAGACUUGCCACUUUUGGUUACAUCAGUACUGGAGACGAUCGUGUCCCAGCUAACUUGGGCCUUAAAGAUCAGGUGGUAGCUUUAAAAUGGAUACAAAAACAUAUCUCAGCUUUCGGCGGCGAUCCCAACUCCGUCACCUUAACUGGUUGUAGUGCUGGUGCUGUUAGCACCAUUCUACACAUGCUGUCUCCCAUGUCCAAGGGUCUCUUUCAUCGGGGCUUUAUCGCAAGUGGUGCACCGGAAACUCGUUUCAAAUCGACCACAAACGAAACACACAUUCUUUUAGCACAGGCAAAACUUGUUGAUUGUCCUGAUAACGAUGUUGACAAAGCACUUGCAUGUUUGAAGACCGCACCGAGACAGAAAUUUGUCGACACUAUGUACCAAUUUUACCAAUCUCACGGAGUUGACAUCUGGAUGCCAGUGGUUGAGCCGAAUAUUCCAGGAGUUGAAAGAUUUGUUGUCGGUCAACCUAAUGAUUUAAUAAGGCAAGGCAAAUUUUAUUCAGUACCUCUAGCUAUAGGUAUUACUAAGGACGAAUUGUUGGGCAGCGUUGUUCCAUCAUAUGAAGCAGCAGUUAAAGGCGACGAUCGCGUUUUUCGUAAUUGGACCGAAAACUUCGAUUAUUUGGCUCCAAGAUCUAUGUUGUACGAACGCGAUACCGAACGUUCAAGAAACAUCAGCCAUCAGAUUUACAAAUUUUAUUUCAACAACGAGCCCAUCACUACUAAAAAUGCCCAUAAACUUGGCGAGAUGUGGUCGGACAGUAACAUUAAUUUCAUUUCGGACCGUGCUGCUAGACUAUUGGCUGAAUAUUCUAAAACGCCAGUCUACAACUACAUGCUUACUUACCAAGGUCGCUACAGUAACGCUGUUUGGAGUGAUACAAAAAAACCUGUUGGCGUAGUACACAUGGACGACUUGUUGUACUACUUGACUUCGUUGAAUGCGUUCCCUCAAUUCAACACCACCGACCCCGAGUGGCCAAUGGUCAGGAAAAUAACCAGUUUAUUGGCCAACUUUGCCAAGACUGGCGAAUCCAUUCCCAAGAACAACGAAUUAUUCAAAGGUGUCACAUGGGAACCCUUUAACCCGAAGACUCAAAACUAUUUGGAAAUGGGCGAGAAAUUCAGGACAAAGUACAAAAUGUUUGCUAAUCGGUUUGCUUUUUGGGAGAGACUAUUCCCUCUUGAACCUAUUGGACAAUAGAGAAAUGUCGUAAUAUUACAAAAAGGCAAUUAUCAAAGAAAAAUAAAAAUUAAUUCAGUAUUUACUUUACUAUUAUUGUUCAGAGAUUAAUUAUUUGACUUAAAAACUAAGAUUAUUGAAACAGCUGGUUUAGAAAGAAAAAUGUAUUUAUACAGCUUGAGAUAACAUUAGCUAAUAAAUGAUACAUUGAAGUUUUCCGUUUGACAAUCAUGCGAUAUCUUAUGUGAAACAAAGACGAAUCGUACU